AUGUCCUCAGUAUCGACUAAUGAUAUAGUUGUUUGUAAAACGGAUGAAAUACCAUCAGCAUUUCAAAUGGCCGCAUCACCAGAACAGAAUGUUCGAUUUCAAUCAAGAAAUGAGGAAUCGAUCGAAAUACAAACACCUUUACCGUGUAUUACUGCAGAAAAUGUUUCCACUCAUCUUAAUCCUGAUCAAGAUGAUAUACAUGACAAACAAGAUGAACGUUUGUCUAAAACAAGAACAUUACCUUCAUCUCAAAAUACAAAUACAGAAAGUCGUUUCAAUGAUGAUCCAAAAAAGCAACAAAACAUUCCUUCAUUUACAACACUCCAAAAACAACGACAACAGCAACUGGAAAAUGAUUCUGAUGAAUUCGAAUCAUUUAUAGAUAGUAAUCAAUACCGACCAAUUCCUAAGAAGAAAUAUCGUUUAUCGUAUCGCUCAUUCAUUGGAACAAUGUCCGAAAUAGAAGAAAUCUAUGCACAGGACGAUUUUCUUUGCGGCAAUAAGUUGUUUCAACAUAUCUUUAUUUUUAUAGAUUCAGUUUUUCGAGGUAUUGGUCAAGUCAUGUUUGCUAAUAACCCUUUGUCGGGUAUUAUCAUUAUGAUUGGACUACUGAUUGAGAAUUGGAAAUUGGCAUUAUAUGGCCUUCUCGGAACAUGUGUGUCAACGUUAACAGCUCAUAUGCUCAAAUUUAAUUAUAAUUCGAUUCGAGCUGGAUUGUAUGGCUUCAAUGGAUGUCUGGUAGGCAUGGGAAUAGGUUAUUUUAGUUUUCCAAAUUCUCCUUAUAUGAUUGGCCCUAUCGUGAUCAUGAGUAUAUUUUCGACAAUUGUCUUUAUGGUCAUUGGUAAAAUACUUGUUCAACGUCUUCAAAUUUCAUCAUUUACAUUUAGUUUUCAAAUAUGUACUUGGAUAUGGCUUCUUGGUGCCUUAAAAUAUCGUUAUUUCUUUGUGAAUGGAACAAUACUAUCUCCUAAUAUGUUGACUACACGUGUUGAUAAACCUCGUUUCUUGAAUGUAUCUUUUUCUCACUAUUCUAUUCAAGACAAUGUUGUUGGCUUUUUUACUAGCAUAGGACAAGUUUACUUUACCGAAAAUCCUUAUACAGGCAUUAUUAUUCUUUUCGGUCUUUGUAUUUGUUCUCGAAUUCUUUCAUUCUUUGCUUUUUUUGGUGCCGUUACAGGUCAAUUAACUGCAGCCUAUCUAUUGGGACUACCUGCAACAGCAAUUCAUGCUGGAUUAUGGGGCUUUAAUUCAGUUCUGACAUGUCAAGCAUUAGGUGGUAUGUUUUUUGUUCUCUAUGGAUAUAAAAUCUGGUUCAUUACUUUCUUUGGAUCGAUAAUGACAGUACUUGUACAAGCAGCCGUUUCGGCUUUUCUUGCUCCGGUCGGUAUGCCAACUCUGACUUUUCCGUUCACUUUGGUCUGUUGGAUAUUUUGUCUUAUUGCUGGUUCCAAAGAUUUAAUUGCUGUCAAAUUAUCAGCCAUCAGUAUUCCUGAAGAUCAUUAUCAUCGA